AUGAAAAUGAUAGAACGUGAUGUUCACAUUACUUCAAACGGUACAUGCAUCACUGCUGUCACACCGGAUGUUGUUUCUGAUGAGACGCCGGUUGACAGCCUUGUAAUUAUUAACCACAAUACACAGCUGAACUGUAGUUUUGUGGACGGCAGUGCUCCAGUUAAAGUGUAUUGGCGCAAGGGUGGUUUAGUGAUAACAGAAGAUUAUGACCUCUUACCUGGUGUCAGUGGCUACGAGGUUGUUGGUGAAGAGAAUGAGUUUAAUUUACGGAUAUAUGAUGCAGACAAAGAAGACGAAGACUCUUUCAGUUGCGAGGAUGCGUACAAUAUCAUUAAUGCUGCGUCAGCAAAUCUGUUUGUAAUAGACAGCCAACAAAAUUGCACUGUUUAUCCAAGUAGUACCAUAACUACCGGAAACAACGUCACAUUAAGCUGCAUUAUGGACUUAGAUGACACUGCACCUGGUGAUUUAGUUUGGUACAGAAAUAAAGCGGAGGUUAUGAGAAAGACUGUCGACCCUGUACUUAAAGUAAUUGUGACUGGGAAUGCUGAUACUUCCGGCAUUGUGAUAGAGGGUGAUUCCUUUGCAGUCAUAUGCUAUGUUUUAGAGACUAACCCAGAUGUAGACUCAUUUUUAUGGCUAAGUCCAAAUAAGCAUAUUAUCAGUAAUGAGGAAAGCAUACUUUUUGAAUCGCUUUCCAGGGAUAACUCUGGAAAUUACACGUGUCAGGCAAGAAACACUUUUUGGGAUGAUUCUGAAGGAGUCGGUGUAAGCACGAUUUACAUUGACGUGCAAUAUUCGCCGAAUGUCAAAAUAGCAAACCAAACUGAUGUAACAGUAAUUGAGGGAGACAUGUACAUUGCUGAAUGUUUAGUUGAUUCAAAUCCUGUUGCGGAAAUAAUAUGGAUACAUCCAGAUGGCUCUACUUCUCUUGGAUCAACACUUGAACUAGAAAACAUAUCACGAACUGACAAUGGCACAUACACCUGUUUUGCUGAAACUGUAUUUUGGGAUAGAUCUACCGAAUCAGACAACGAUUAUAUGCAUAUUAAUGUACAGUAUUCGCCGAAUGUUAAAAUAGCAAACCAAACUGAUGUAACAGUACUUGAGGGAGACAUGUACAUUGCUGAAUGUUUAGUUGAUUCAAAUCCUGUUGCGGAAAUAAUAUGGAUACACCCAGAUGGCUCUACUUCUCUUGGAUCAACACUUGAACUAGAAAACAUAUCACGAACUGACAGUGGCACUACACCUGUUUUGCUGAAACUGUAUUUUGGGAUGAAUCUACCGCAUCAGAAAAUGAUUCUACGCAUAUUAAUGUACAGUGUACAUCCGGCCACUAUUUCACUUUUUGGAUCAUCUAAUGUUUAUGAAGGAAGUGACGUCGUAUUACUCUGUGCAACAACUGACGCGAACCCUCGUCCUUACGAAAUGUAUAUAAACCACACAGAUGACAAUGGCAAUGACAAUGUCGUGGCAAAAGUAGAAUAUGACUUACAUCUACUAUAUAUCAUUACAUCAAUUAGUGAAGAACACAGUGGAACUUAUACAUGUUAUGCAACAACACGUUUCUACGAUGGUACUAUUGGCAAAAGUACGAGUUGUGAGGUAGUAUUAAACGUACUCCCAUAUGGGCUUACUGAUGAGUAUUAUAAUUCACUACUUAGGGAGUUGGAGUUGCUUAAAUCAAUAACAUCACAUAAACACGUUGUGACGUUGAUUGGAUGUUGUACACACGACGGUCCUAUAUUCAUUGUCCUGGAAUAUUUGGUUUUUGGUAACCUCCAAACUUAUCUUCGUGAACGAAAAACAAAUAUAGAAAAUACAUAUGCCAAUCUAGGAGAACGUGUGUCCUCAUUAUAUCAACAUAAUUGUGUUGGUUUUUCACAUCAGAUAUCUCUUGCAAUGGAAUUCAUUGAAGAAAAAGGUUGUGUUCAUCGAGAUUUGGCUGCACGCAAUGUAUUAAUGAAUGACAAGCUAGUAUGCAAAUUGUCUGGAUUUGGAUUGGCAACUGAUGUCUUGGAUCAACGUGAAUAUGAGAGAAGGACUCAG